AUGGCUGCUGAUGGAGUGACGAGUGCAGUGAACGAGUUGAUCAAAGAGGCGGUGCUGGCAGCAGUGAGAGAGGAGCUGGCUGCACACAAGGAGGAGGUGGAUGAGUUGCGGCACAUGCUGACAGCAGUGCAGGGGGAGUUGGCAGAACUCAAGCGCACUAUGGCAGAUAGGGCAUCGGGUGGAACAGGGCUGAGAGGGAAGAUCAGCAAGGGACGGCGGAGGACACAAGUCGUGAGGUGGAAUGUUGACGUGGAAAUCAUGCAGAGUGAAGGGGAUCAAAAGGCUGCAUGGGAGGCAAUCAAGUCAGCAUCGCAGGAGACCGAUUUGGAGCUGAGGAAUCUCAACAGCCUCUUAGACACCAUGCUCGCCCAUGUGUCCACGAUGACCCAUCUGACGAGCAUCAACUUGUACUCUACCUCAGGCUUCAGUGCAGAGGGCAUCAAGCACCUCUUCAGGCUGCCACGGCUGGAGAAGCUAGACCUCAGGGCCUCAGACAUCUCAGACAGUGCCUUGGAAGGCAUUGGAUCCUUGACCAGCCUCACGCACCUCUAUCUCUAUACUACCAAGGUGACUGAUGCUGGUCUGCCAUGCUUGACAGAUCUCCCAUCGCUCACACAUUUAGCGCUUAAUGAAUGUAAGGGUGUGAAGGAUGCUGGCAUGGUGCAUGUGGGGAGGCUGACAGGGCUUGAGACCCUUUGUCUGAAUCUCACGGCAGUCACGGAUGAUGGGCUGCAGCAGCUGACUGCCGACUCUAUGGACGUCAGAAAGAAUGCACUUAGAGAAGGAUCCUAUACGCAGGCGGAUAGGCAGGUAGAGUGUCAGGGAGUGGUGAUGGAAAGGGAGGUGAGGGAAGAUUUGACUGACUGCCUGGGGGAGACUGAGGAGAGGCGUGGAGGCAAGGGGUGUGAAGGAUGA